UCACGUAGGGCGUGAUUGCGCGGCCCCUCCCCCUCCACAGCCGAUCUGGAAAAGAAAAAAAAAAACUUUUUUGUAUCGAAGGAAUCAACAGCCGCCAUCUUGUCGUGGCUCGGAAUUAGGAUUUCGGUCCAACUGUGGUUUUUACGUAGAAAUCGAGCAUCCUUUCCGCGAUGUGACAACGUCCUUCCUCCAGAAACGAGUUCUUAACGUCGCCUCGGAGACAUUUUGUGCGAAAAAACGUGAAGUGGAUCCGUGGUCGUCGGGUGAAAAAGCUCAGUAUAUGUGAUUUCCCCUUCAGAGUGCGGAGAUUCAGCCCCCUGUCCUCGUCCGGGAGCAGAACUGUUCAACGUGAGCAAGCCCACACCUGGUCGUGACUUUGCAGAAACGCUGCUUUUUUAUGCAUUUGUGCAUUUUUGUGGAGCUUCGCGCGAUUUUUGCAUGAAGAAAUUUGACGUCACGCAAAAUGGGUUCUUGGAACAUGAAGAAAUAGCGAGCUCUCCUCCGGAAUGCAGCACAGCAUCUGAUUUUACUGGAUCCGCACACUUCAGUUCGUUUUUUUACAUGGGGGAUAUUUUAUUUGGGGUUAUUUAAUGAUGAUAAUGUGGGUGUUGGGUGUUGGAUUAUCAUGGGGUGAAUGGCGGUGGCGAAGCGGGGCGCUGUUGCAUCUCUUUUGAAAGACUCACACAGACAGCACGGAGGAGCUAACGCUAACAGUUAACUUAGCUAGUAGCAGCCAAUUAGCUAGCUAUUAGCCAGUUAGCAAACGUUAGCAGGCUUCCAGCUGGCUAAUGUGCUAACAGGGACGGUUCGGGUUCAUAGAACAACUUCCACCUCUAAAGGUUACCGUAGAAUCAACGUUAGAAACCAACUGGACACGACUGCAACCAUGGCUGAAAACCUGCUGGACGUCGGACCUCCCAACUCGAAGCGGCCGAAGCUGAAUUCACCUGCCCUGUCAGCGUCUGAUGGACCAGAUCUGGGGUCAUUGUCGUGGGAUGACUUGGAGAACGACCUUCCAGAUGAGCUGAUCCCUAAUGGAGGAGAUCUGAGCCUGAUGGGUGGGAUGCCUUCAAAUGGCGGUGCGGCACCAGGAGCUGGUGGGCCAGGUGGGACCCCUGUGGGCCUCGGUGGCCCGGUCGUCCCAGAUGCAGCCGCCAAACACAAGCAGCUUUCAGAGCUCCUUCGAGCAAGUAGCAACCCCAGCAUCCCCGGUGCAGGGCUCAAUUCAGCAAGUCCACAGCCUGGAGGGAUGGGGACUCAGCUUAGCACAGCACUGGGAAAGAGCCCCCUUGGCCAGGGCUCCCCCAACAAUCACCCAUCCCCCCAGGCCCAAAAAGCAGGAACACCCACAGGAGUAGCAGGACAGAACAACAACAAUACUGUAACAAUGGGCCUGAACACAACAGGCUUCAACCAGGCCAUGAUUAACAAUAAUCAAGGCCAUGCUGCGCUCCUCGCCCAAGGGGGGCAGUCGCAACCUGGGCAGGUGAUGAAUGGUGGUCUUGGACCUGAUGCUGGAAGGGGACGGGGAGCAGGUAUGCAGUACCAGGGGCAGACAAUGCAGGGCGCUGCUCCAGGACCGGGAGGAGCAGGGAGCGCGUUGGCAGAGACACUAACCCAGGGAGGGCAGCAGAUGGGGGCUCACGCCAACCUCAGUGCAGCUCAGCAAGCAGGCAACAUGAACAAGAUGGGCCUGGGCAGCAACGGAGGUCCGUUUGGGGCUCAGUCCUACGGUCAGGGGGCUGCAGGGCCCGGCCAACAGCAGCUCCAGAACAAGGCUGCCCUCACCAACAGCCUGCCGCCUUUUCCCAACGAGCUCAAAGGGGCCGCUGUGACGAGCGUGCCAAACAUGCAGCCACAGCAGCAGGCGCUGCUCCCCCUGGCCGGAGGCGGGGGUGUGGCAGUGCCUUCAGCGGGCCCCACAGCCGACCCAGAGAAACGCAAGCUGAUCCAGCAGCAGCUGGUCCUGCUGCUCCACGCACACAAGUGCCAGAGACGGGAGCAGGCCAACGGGGAGGUGAGGGCCUGCGCCCUGCCUCACUGCCGCACCAUGAAGAACGUCCUCAACCACAUGACCCACUGCCAGGCCGGCAAGUCCUGCCAGGUGGCUCACUGUGCAUCGUCCAGACAGAUCAUCUCGCACUGGAAAAACUGCACGCGACACGACUGUCCUGUCUGCCUGCCGCUAAAGAACGCCAGCGACAAGCGCACCCAGCAGCCUACGCUGCUAAGCUCCCCUAACGCAGGACUCCAGAACCCCAUGUCCUCAGUUGGUGUGGGCCAGCCCAGCGCUCCCACCAUCAAUACCUCAACCCCCAUAGACCCCAGCUCCAUGCAGAGAGCCUACGCCGCACUUGGUCUGCCCUACAGCAGCCAGGCCGCUGGGCAGACCCAGCAGACCACCGGCCCGGGACAGACUGCAGGCGCCCAGAACGCACAGGCCCAGCAACAACAGCAGCUCCCACAGAUGAGACCCAUCAAUGCACUUGGAAACCAGAUGGCUCUUGGAGGUGCUGCACUGGGUGUGGCCUCGUCAGAUCAGACAAACCUGCACACAGACUCGCUACCCAACACACUCAACACUAACAAUCAGCUGCUGUCAGAUGGAUCAGCUGUGAGCUCGAUGGGGAACAUCCCCACAGCUGCACCCAUCUCUGCCACCGGCACCAGGAAAGCGUGGCAUGAGCACGUCACUCAGGACCUGCGCAAUCACCUCGUACACAAACUAGUACAAGCCAUAUUCCCAACCCCUGAUCCGGCAGCUUUGAAGGACAGACGAAUGGAGAACCUGGUGGCUUACGCCAGAAAGGUGGAGGGGGACAUGUACGAGUCAGCUAACAGCCGGGAUGAGUACUAUCACUUCCUGGCUGAAAAAAUCUAUAAAAUCCAGAAGGAGCUGGAGGAGAAGAGGCGUUCAAGGCUACAAAAGCAGAUCAUCAACCAGGCGCCUUUGGCUGCUCAGGGGGCCCAGCAGCCCGGCCUUCCCCAACCCAAUGCCUUCAGCCCAAGGCCGCAAAAUGGACCCGUUCCCCUGCCCAACAUACCAAAUCAGAUCAUGAAUCGCAUGCAGGUUUCACAAGGAAUCAACCAGUUCAACCACAUGGCUCUGCCCAACGCACAGAUAUCCCAGGCCCCGAUGGGAGCUCGAGCUGCCUCCCCCAUGAAUCACCCACAGCAGAUGAACAUGAGCUCCGUCCCAGCGAUGGGCAUGUCUCCCUCCAGGAUGCCCCAGGCUCAGGGCAUAAUGGCCGGGCAUGGUGGUGCUAAUAUGGUCGGCCAGACGGCCAGCCAGGGGCAGUUUCUGGCUCAGACACAGUUUCCUCCAGGGUCUGCUGCCGUGGCUGCGACGGGCACCAUGAAUGUCACAGUGGGCUCGGGCUUGGGCCAGCCACAAGCACAGGCUGCUGUCACCCAGCAGCAGCAGCAGCAGCAGCAGAGCGCUAACCUCCCCAUGAAUGCACUUGGCCCCUCGCUGGGCCCUCAGCUAGCCUCCUCCCAAACCCCUUUGCACUCCACGCCUCCACCUGCCGCCUCCUCCGCCUCCACGGCUGGGGGGGCCACUAACCUGCCGCACCCCCAGCCCUCCAGCCGCAGCUCCACCCCCACCCUCCCUGGCCCUGCCCCAGCCCCGGGUUCCACCCCACCCCGCCCCACCCAGCCCCAACCCCAGGUGGAGCUCCCCGCAGUGGCACAGACGCAGCCCCUGCCUCAGCUCCCUACCACACCGCUCUCUCAACAAGGAGCCAGUCUGGAUAACCGGGUGCCCACACCGGCUUCAGCUGCCAGCGCAGACCUGCCCACCCAGGAAGUCAAAGUCGAGCCACACCACGACCAACAAGAGUUGGAGGCUGCCGGCGGAAAAACUGAGCCCAAGAUGGAGACGGAGGACGACUCUUCCUCAACUGUGGUGAAGAAAGAGGAGCCCGAUGAAAAGCCGGAGCCGAUGGAGGUGGAGGAGAAAAAGCCGGAAAUGAAGACAGAACCCAAAGAAGAAGAAGAGGGCGGUGCCAACAGCACAACCUCGUCAUCGCCCUCUCAGUCGCGGAGGAAAAUCUUUAAGCCGGAGGAGUUGCGCCAAGCUCUCAUGCCAACUCUGGAGUCUCUGUACAGACAGGACCCCGAGUCCCUCCCCUUCAGGCAGCCGGUGGACCCCAUGCUUCUGGGAAUCCCGGACUACUUUGACAUUGUUAAGAACCCGAUAGACCUGUCCACGAUAAAGCGUAAGCUGGACACGGGUCAGUACCAGGAGCCGUGGCAGUACGUUGACGACGUCUGGCUCAUGUUCAACAAUGCCUGGCUCUACAACCGCAAGACGUCCCGCGUCUACAAGUUCUGCUCCAAGCUGGCCGAGGUGUUUGAGUCGGAGAUCGACCCCGUCAUGCAGGGCCUGGGAUACUGCUGCGGGAGGAAGUACGAGUUCUCUCCUCAAACCCUCUGUUGCUAUGGCAAGCAACUCUGCACCAUACCCACUGGAGGCACAUACUACAGCUACCAGAACAGGUACCAUUUCUGUGAGAAGUGCUUCAAUGAGAUCCAGGGGGAGAGUGUGACGUUAGGAGACGACCCUGCACAGCCUCCCACGAUGAUUUCAAAAGACCAGUUUGAGCGGAAGAAGAAUGACGUUCUCGACCCUGAACCGUUUGUUGAAUGUAAAGACUGCGGACGGAAGAUGCACCAGAUAUGCGUCUUACACUACGAGGUCAUCUGGCCUUCUGGAUUCAUCUGUGACAACUGUUUGAAGAAAAGUACAAAAACACGGAAGGACAACAAGUUCUCUGCAAAACGGCUGCAGUCCACGCGAUUGGGAAUGUACAUAGAAGAUCGUGUGAAUAAAUACUUGAAGAGACAGAACCACCCGGAGGCAGGAGAGGUGUUUGUGCGAGUGGUGGCGAGCUCCGACAAAACGGUGGAGGUCAAACCGGGCAUGAAAACCAGGUUUGUGGACACGGGUGAAAUGCCCGAGACCUUCCCCUACAGAACCAAAGCACUUUUCGCCUUUGAGGAGAUUGACGGCGUGGAUGUGUGCUUCUUCGGCAUGCACGUGCAGGAGUACGGCUCUGAGUGCACAUUCCCAAACACUAGGCGGGUCUACAUAUCAUACCUUGACAGUAUUCACUUCUUCAGACCUCGAACUCUACGAACAGCAGUGUACCAUGAGAUCCUCAUCGGCUACCUGGAAUACGUCAAGAAGCUCGGAUACACCCAAGGCCACAUCUGGGCGUGUCCACCCAGCGAAGGAGACGACUACAUCUUCCACUGCCACCCUCCGGACCAGAAGAUCCCAAAGCCAAAGAGGCUGCAGGAGUGGUACAGGAAGAUGCUGGACAAGGCCUUUGCAGAACGGAUCCUGCAUGACUACAAGGACAUUUUCAAACAGGCGACAGAAGACCGUCUGACCAGCGCUAAUGAGCUGCCGUACUUUGAAGGCGAUUUCUGGCCCAAUGUGCUGGAAGAAAGCAUCAAGGAGCUGGAGCAGGAGGAAGAGGAGAGGAAGAAGGAGGAGAACACAGCAGCCUGUGAAACUCCCGAGGGUACACCGGGUGACAGUAAAAACGCUAAGAAGAAGAACAACAAGAAGACCAAUAAAAACAAGAGCAGUGUGAGCCGAGCCAAUAAGAAGAAGCCUGGGAUGCCGAAUGUAGCCAAUGAUCUGUCCCAGAAACUCUACGCCACCAUGGAGAAGCAUAAAGAGGUGUUCUUCGUGAUCCACCUCCACUCCGGUCCCAUGGCCAACACCCUGCCGCCCAUCGUCGACCCUGACCCCAUGCUCUCCUGUGAUCUGAUGGACGGCCGUGACGCCUUCCUGACGCUGGCCAGAGACAAGCACUGGGAGUUCAGCUCCCUCAGGAGGUGCAAGUGGAGCACCAUGUGCAUGCUGGUGGAGCUGCACAACCAGGGACAGGACCGCUUCGUUUACACCUGUAACGAGUGCAAGCACCAUGUGGAGACACGCUGGCACUGCACUGUGUGCGAGGACUUUGAUCUUUGUAUCAGUUGUUACAACACGAAGGGACACGAGCACCAGAUGGUGAAGUGGGGCCUUGGCCUGGACGACGACAACAACAGCCAGAGUGGAGAGGCAUCCAAGAGCCCACAGGAGAGCCGACGCUUAAGUAUCCAACGCUGCAUCCAGUCGCUGGUCCACGCUUGUCAGUGUCGCAACGCCAACUGCUCUCUGCCGUCCUGCCAGAAGAUGAAGCGAGUGGUGCAGCACACCAAAAGCUGCAAGCGCAAAACCAACGGGGGCUGCCCUGUAUGCAAGCAGCUUAUCGCUUUAUGCUGUUACCACGCAAAGCACUGUCAGGAGAACAAGUGUCCCGUCCCGUUCUGCCUGAACAUCAAGCACAAGCUCCGCCAGCAGCAGCUGCAGCACCGACUCCAGCAGGCCCAGCUGAUGAGGAGAAGAAUGGCUACCAUGCAAGGCAGAACCAUGCCGCUACCGUCCCCUCCUGCCACAGCUGCCCCCAACACUCCCACAUCCCACCCCCAGCCCACCACCCCCCAGACGCCCCAGCAGCCGCUCUCCAACCAGCCUCAGACACCCAACUCAGCAGGCGUGAUGUCCCCCUCUUUCCCCAACACUCCUCGAAACGGCCAGCCGCAGGUUCAGGUGUCUCAGGGCAAGCCAGGGCCCCAGGCCUCCCCUCUGCACCAGCAGCAGUCCCCCCUCCCCCAGCAGCCCCAGCCUCCACAGCAGCUUCAGCAGCAGCCCCCCCUCGCUGCAGUCAAGAUGGCGCGGCACAUAGAGAUGAUGGCACAGGCCCAACAGAACCAGCAGACCUACCGGGUCAAUAUGAACGGCUUGCCCAUGAACCCGCAGCAGCCACAGCGCAUGACCGGACCAAUGCAGCCCCCCAUGCAGAUGGUGUCCGGGCCCCGGGGACCACAGGUCAUGCAAACGGGCAUCGCCUCAGGACAGUGGCCUGUGACCGCAGGGCCGAUGCAGGCAGCUCAGAACCAACAACCAGGCCUCGUCCCAGGUCAGACCCCCCAACAGCCCAUGACAAUGCAGAGAGCAAUGAUGGCCCCGGGGCAGCAGGCUCAGGCUGGUGCAAGGAUGAUGAUUCCACAGCAGCCGGGUGUCCGGCCUCAGACGCCCCAAAGACCGAGUACUAUUGCCCCCAACGCCCUGCAGGACCUGCUCCGCACCCUCAAGUCCCCCAGCUCUCCUCAGCAACAGCAGCAAGUCCUCAACAUCCUCAAGUCCAACCCUCAGCUAAUGGCUGCCUUCAUCAAACAGCGAACAGCCAAGUACCACGCCAACCAGCCACAGCAGCAACAAGCUGCUCAGCAGCAGCAGCCCGGCAUGCCGACAAUGCAGGCGAUGGCUGUGCAGAGGCCAGGGAUGCCCCCGCAGCAGCCGCAGCAGCCUCCUGCACAGGGAAUGGCUGCAUUAGGGGCUCAAGGGCAGCUGAUGAACGCAGCACACAACACCAACCCUCAGAUCCAGGAGCUGUACCGCCGGCAGCUCUUACGACAGCAGCAGCAGCAGGGCGUCAUGCCUCAGGGCCAUCCAGGCCAAUUCCCUGCUCAGGCGCAGGGCACAGCAGCUACUUACUCCCAGCUCCGCAUGCAGCAGCAGCAGAUUGCAAUGCAGGCAGGUGCAGCAGCAGCUGGGGGUCCCAUGGGCCAGCUCCCACCUAUGUCUCAGAUGACCCAGUCUGGGAUGGGGAUGGACUCCACCCAAAACCUCCUACAUCAGCGGCUUCUUCAGCAGCAGCAGCAGCAGCAGCAGCUUCCCUCACAGCAGCAGGCCGUCCUCAAGCAGCAGAUGGGCUCCCCUGCUCAGCCCAGUCCCAUGAGCCCGCAGACACAUUUGCUGGCAGGCCAGCCCCAGGGUGCAGCCCACCUCCCAAGCCAGCCCACGCUAGCCAACGCCCUCAACAACCAGGUUCGUUCCCCAGCGCCAGUCCAGUCCCCCUGUCCGCCCUCGCAGCAGCAGUCCCAACAGCGGCCUCAUUCCAGCCCCUCGCCACAGGUCCAGAACCAGCCACAGCCCUCGCCACAGCACCCACACCCACCCCACUCGGCAUCGCCGCAUCCAGGACUUGGAGGCCCAUUAUCGGGUUCAAUGGAGCAGGGACACCUAGGGACACCAGAACAGAGCGCCAUGCUCCCGCAGCUUAACACGCCCAACAGAGGAGGGCUGAACAGUGACUUAGGGAUGGUGGGAGAUGCUACAGGGGACACUCUGGAGAAGUUUGUGGAGGGAUUGUAGCAUUUCUGCUGGGAACUGAAGACACAGACUCGCUCCCAGGGAUCCCUCCUCCCACUCCUCUUUGCUCCUGGUUCCCCCUCGGACUCUUUACCCCAUCAGAGGGCUUUGUUUGUUCUUUCUAAGGUCGAGAACGUUUUUUUGUACUGACAUGUAAAAAGUUUCAACUGUUGUAAAAAGAAAAAAGAAAAUUUGGUUGCAGAAAAACAGAAAAAAGUCCAAACUUUGAGGGAAUGUAAUUGUUUCCUAAACCCAGCUGAUGGGUGUUUCUUCCUUGAGAUGUUGAGGGAUUUGCAAGUUGCUUCUUAAAUGAAAUUUAAAUCACAAAGAAUAUAUUUUUUGUUUGAGACCAAAUGUGUUCAAUACUCGAUUUAUUUUGGGUUUGUUUCGGUAUGGUUUCAUGCCUUGUUUCUUUUCUUCUUUUUUUUAAAGAAAAUGUACAAUUGCAUUAUAUUAUUCAUAUCUUUUUAUUUUGUACCUUUGGAAAAGAAACUUAAACAUUUUUUGUGUUGAAACUGUAAAAUAAUUUGUCUGGGAAAACGCGCCAGGUUCUGUUCUCUUCUCAAGCUGUCAGUCCUGGCAAUUGUAAUCUAGUGUUGUACCAUUACUCCAAGACGAUGCGUUCAGGGACAGUUCCCCUCCUCUUUGUGUGUAUGAAGAGCACUCUGAUGUAUUAAAAUAGGAAAUGGACUGCGGGCAUGAAUGCAGGCACACAUGAAGACACUGACACAAACCCUCACAGUCACUAGAGUAACUACACCUCCACAGCUCUCACACACACACACACACACACACACACACACACACACACACACAAGGACUGCAGCUACAUCUCAGUGGCCUGGAAAUGAAAAAAUCCGUCUUGCAGGUGUAAAAAAUUGUUGCUUUGACAUUAAAAAAAGAAUUUGUCAUACUUUUUUGUCAUACAGAUGUUGUAAAGUGUAAAGAGAGAGUGAGAAAGAGACCAGCCCCCUAAGCUGAGGUGGAAUGAUCGCCGGUUGUUUGUCGGCCACGUCUGGGAUGUCGCCCCAUCCUCUAAAUUUUACACUAAGCUGUGUGCGAUCUAGGGGUGAAGGGCACGCUUCAGAUUCACCCUGAGGAAAACUAAAUGUUAUCAACCCUCAUUCCUCUCUCACCAAAACUUGAAUUGGGGGGGAUUUACUUUUUCUCCUAUUGUAAAUCAAGUUAUUAAACAAAAUACUAUAAAUAUAAGGAAGAGAGAAUGAAAUCACUGUAUAAACUGGUAAAAGACUCAUUUCUUACUUGUAUACCAUAUUGUUAAAUAAACUGUGCAACAGAAGAUCAGUACUCUGUUGACUAAAUAAUGAAGCAUCA